CGCUUUGCGUACAAAGGCACCACCACUACCCGACGACCGACCGUCCUCCAACUAUCAUGACACUGCUGCUGUACGACAAGCUUCCAACGCAGAACUUGCAGCAGCACGCGACCAUCCUGCUUGUAGGCACACACGGCGUCGGCAAGAGCACUCUCGCACACGCACUGCUGGCCGAGCAAGAGCGCGCCAACCUCGCCAUCCAAAUACGGAAAGUUGUUGCCUUGCCAUUGCCAACGAGCGGAAGCGCAUCGACGCGGCCAAAGAUUGAUUUCGUCGUAUUCAUGCUGGACAUGACAAGCAAACUAUCACUCGAUUUGCUCAAGUCGGCAAUUCAACAGGUCGAUAUCGAAUACUUGAUUGGAAAGAGCUGCAUUGUCGCAACGCAUGUCGACAUGCUCCAUCUCGCGAGUAUCGAAGUCGACGAGAUUGACCAACUGCUACUCACCUACGAGCUCCCGUUCCUGCAAAUCAAUCAACUGAACGAGCAACAACGUGCCGGUAUUGCACAGCGCAUUCUAAGACAGGCCCGUGUGGCUGUCGGACGUGCCAAUCACAUGACGCCUGCCAUCGUUGCAGCAAUGGAGCGCGCACUUGUUACUUCUACCUUGAUCAACGAUGACAGCUAGUUCAUCCAAAAACCAAAACAACUUGUUCAAUCACCCAAUGUAACAAAAAGAUUCGUUAGCGUAUUGUUUUGCACAAGACAGGCACGUCGACUCAAUUCAAUGCAGCAUGAACGCACAAUCCAGAAACAAUCAAACCGUCGUAAUGAUUAUUGAUACAAGCUCGAACAAAAAAAAAAAAAAAAAUAUUGAU